CGCGGUCGCGUCCGACGCCACGCGCGCGCGCGAAACGCACGCGACGCGCGCCCGCGUAAAGCGCGCACCGUAAAUCUCUCGCGCGCGAUCGCCGAUCGUCGAUCGCGCGAUCGCGCGGGAAACGCACGACCGCGCGACGCAUCGUUCGCAGCGCAUCGCGACGCAACGCAUCGAUUCCGCGCGACGUCGCCAUGCCCGGCGCGCGCGCGCCUCGAGCGGUGCACGCGCGACAGGACGCGAUGACGCCGUUCGGGGAUUUUAUCUGCGUCCCCGUGCGCACGAUCGAGGACGUGGGCGGGGAGGAGCGCGACGCGAGAGCGCGCGGAGAGGCGCUCGACCACGAAGUGCGGGCGUACAAGCUCGGGAAGAAGAAGCGGAGUUACAACCAAGUCGAACUCGCGUUUGAACGCCAACGGGAGGGACGGGCGAGCGCGGGCGAGCGCGCGCGAGAGGGACGCGGCGCGAGGAUAUUUGAAGCCGUGGAGGCGCCGUUCGGGGAUGAUGUGCCGGAAGAGUUUCGAAAUUCGGCGUUGGAGUACGAGCUGCGGAUGUAUAACGGAGAGACGGCGCGGGCGGUGGUGUACCUGGUGUACGCUGAGCCGACGCGCGGGACGAGCGAGGCGCGAGGCGCGGGCGCGCGGGACGGGAAGACGAAGGGCGUGAGUGAUGGACGAGGGUUUUCAUGGUUGCCGGUGAUGCGGGAAAAGUGCGUGAAAGGUUGCGAUGGGCCGAUUUUGAGCGCGAUUCAGAGGUUUGGGAAGCAAGGGCGGACGCAAAAGAGUGCGGCUUCGCAAAAGGAUGCGAAACCCGACGCCAAACCGACGGCGGAGAAUGAGUGGAAGGAUUCACGAAACUUGUUCAUCUCCAUCGACGAGGCGAGUAAUCACGUGUGUGCGUACGGACCGAAUCAGUGCAAGGCAUUCCGUUUGCUCUUUGGUUUGUACGCCAAAGAAACGAACGAGUUUGUGGGGAGCGGCGUCUCAGGACCGAUUCGCGUGUUGGCGAAUAACGACGUGCCCAAGGGCGCGGCGGCUAUGCGCGUGAAAUGUGGAUUGAGCGAUUCGUGGAACGGUUGGAAGGAAACGGCAGAGAAGAGCGAGGAUGAUUUGCGAGAAAUUUUCCGAGCAGCAAACUGCCCGCAACCGGCCGGGAAGGCGAACCAGAAUCGUCGCCUCGACGACGCGACGCAGCAAAACGCGCGAAAGCCGUUGCAAACCCAGACCAACAACGGUGACAAGGUGGGAGGCAAGCGCGCGGCGGCCAAGGGAGGUGUAGCGCCGGCUCCGUCGAAGCGCCCGAAGCAAACCGUAUCGCAAAAGGCGCAGCUUGCACGCGAAUCGAAGUCGGUGAAGAGGACAAAGUCGGCUCGAAGCGGUGGCUACUUUGAUUUCGACACCACCGUGAACACGGCGCUCCAAGAUCUCGCGCUCGGUAUGCCUGUACUCGGUGUUUCUGCGCAAGAUUCGCAAGACUUACAGUUUCAGUUGAAUGCAAUCAUGCCAUCUCCCCUGGGGACGCCGCCGGAUGAGAAAGCUGCCGGUGCUGGCGCGAACCCGUUUGCGGGUAUGUUCGGUACGCCCGAAUAUCUUGCCGCGCAGGAGAUCUUGGGCGACGCGCUGAACACGGCUGAUCUACCUUCCUUAUGCACGCCCGGCGAUAAAAAGGCCGAGACUAAUUUGUACGACGGUAUGCCGCCACCCACGACGGGAAUGGGCACGUUCAAGUUUACUCCAGGAGCGUUUCCGAACAUCGCGUCCACCGGCAGCAUGAUGUCCCUCUCUGGGUUGGACUCUCUCGGUGGGCUCAUCGGAAGCGCAUUUGGAAAGACGCCCGCAGAAUUCAAGACGAACAAAACAGAGUCGAAGAUUUUCACGCGGUCUGCGAAGAAGGUGGCCGCAACCGGCGAACCGACGCCAGUGACGCAAUUUGUGAACUCUCUUUUGAUGAGCAGGCAAAAGGCGUCGGCUGAGAGAACCGCUUCAAUGCCGCGCACGUCUCGCAGAAGCACUCGCGCUGCGCUCAAGGAAGUGGCUCCGAGUGAUGCAGCUCCGAGCACGACCGCGGCGAGCAAGUUGAUAACUGCGCCCAAGUCUGCGACUGGACAAGCCGAAACUGGUAUUGCGACCGGCGUCGCUUCGGCGCCCGGAGUGGAGGCUGCCGGAGCGACGUUCGACGUCGCCCCGAUUCGCGGUGCUCGUAGUCGUCAUGCUUCGCCGACUGGUGUUGCGCCCGUUCGCUUAUUUUUCGCGUCUCCUUCAGGUCGCGGUGGAGAGACCUUGGACGGGAGCGAUGACGAAGACGACGCUCUGGGAUUUGCUUCUCCAAACUUGCGAAAGGAUGUGGCUGGCGCCAACGGUCAACUGUUCAGUGCGCGGGGUAGACGUACGCGUAACGCACCGCAGAUUCGGUUACCGCGCAUGGCAUCCGUUCCAGAGAUUGCGAACGAAAUGACGGCUGGAGAAAAGGCGAGUGAUCGUGCGGCUACUAAGGCUGCGAGAUUGUCGGGUCACUUUCGUCCUGUGAAGAUGCCGCCGCCGCCAAAACACGUCGCGGCGGGUCCGGAUUCCAUCAAACGGAAGACUAGACACAGUACGGUUCACUUUAGAAAUGACGUCAACUUUGAAAACGAGGCUCCGAGCACGUCCAAGCGCAACGCUUCUGGUGAGGAGAACGAGGCUCCUUCACCGACGGAUGUCGCCGCCGCCCUGCUUUCUCCCGGUUGGCCGUCGACGAAAAGGCGCAAGGCGCUCAAUAAACACGCCGACGCGAGCGGUGAAAUCAAAGGCAAUUCUCCAGGAUUCAUCGCAACGAUCAAGGAGCGCGUCACGAACGCCGUUGGGUGGGCGUGAAUCGACGCACAUCCUCUUCGUCGCCGCCUCGAGUGAGCCGAGCCGAGUCGCCCGCAAGCGGCGUCUCGCUCGCCCGUUCGUCGCGCGUCUGUGUAAACCUGAACUCUCAGCAAGUAGCGAUCCAGUCUCGCCUUCGCGGGCUUUGUAAUCAUCACCAUCAUCACACAUCGC